AGUGUUGCUAUUUAAAGGGCCUACACUCUUCGCGUCGGGCUUCCCUCGUCUUCUUCGUCCUCAUGCUGCUGCUGCUGCUGCCUCAACCCCCGCAGUAGCCUCAACACCGAAAAGGAAAUCCCCUUGCCGUCUCUCUCGCCCUCUCACUCUCCUGCUGUACUUGUUGCUCGCCUUAGGAGAAAAAGAAAAACUUGAGGGAGGUAGCCGUAGGUCGAGUUCCUAAUGGGAGGCAGUCUUCCACUCCCACCGUGACCCAACGUCCCUUCAUUUUGUAGAGCCUUCAAACCAAGCUCGAUGGAGGGUUGAAGCCAAAGGGAGGAUCCUAGGAGGCGUCUGCAACUCGAGUCCGGGAUUCAAAGGGACCACAACGAAUUUUUGGUGAAUUCUGUGAUGAUGGAUAACACUGCACAACAGAAGGUACAAAAGUUUGAGGAGUUUGUUGACAAGCGCUUAAAGCCUGACCUUGUCCAUGCUGUUGCUGAACGGGACAAGGUUUUUGCUCAGCAAAAAGUUUUCUCAGAUCUUAGAAAGAAUAUAGAGGCUCUGCAGAACAAUGAAGUAGCAUCCCUACGCACAUUGGUUAACCUUGGGUCAGAAGUGUACGUGCAAGCUGACAUCCCAUGUACACGUUCUAUAUGUGUUGAUAUUGGACUUGGCUUCCACGUGGAAUUUACAUGGCAUGAAGCAUUGGAAUUUAUCCGAAUUAGAGAAGCUAGACUUGCCAGCCAAGUGGAGGAGUACACUCAUUUGAUUGCUAGUAUCAAAGCUCAGAUCAAAUUGGUGUGUGAAGGCAUCCGUGAGUUGCUUCAGAUUCCUGUAUAAGUUUUGUUCAGGAAUUUAUAAAUGUGAUACGGGGUAUAUUAUGCUUAUUUACUUCACUUUCGAGCAAUCCAUUGUUGUAGUGUUUGCUAGGUGCCUAUCUGUUAGCAGUUGUAUAAAACUUCCUUUUUCAUAUAAUAUUGGGUAUACACAUAGAAGAACCGAAUGGACAAGUUGAA